GCCUGUUUCUGUGUAUUUCUUUCCCUUUCCUUCAUCCCCUUUUUUACAACUGCCAAUUUGGCUAUUUCCCCCCUUUUUUUCACCCACCGACCCUCCAUUAACUCCUUUAUCUUCUUCAUCAUCAUCUUCUUCCUCUAAUUCUCUCUCCAUUCUUCCGAAAUUCAGAGUAAAAACCUAGUAAUUUCUCUUUCCGUAAACACAACAAAAAAAUUCCUCCUUUUGUUUUUCUUGCCCUUUUUUCCAUAUAUACCUUUCAAAGUACUCUUCUCUUUCUCUCUCCUACGAUACCACACAAACCCAUCCUCUGGAUCUCAUCUUCAAUUCUUCUUCUUCUUUCUCUCUCCAUCAAUUUCCCCCUUUUUUUCUAUAUAAAAACCUAACCUUUCUUUAACAAUGACACACAUAUUCCAAUUUUUCGAAUAUACCCUAUUCUCAUUUCUCUUCCCUCUAUAACAAUCAAAUAAUCUGCUUUCUAUUUAAAUCUUCCCUUUUUUCACUUCACUACACCAUCUACAUUUGUGGGUAUCAAUCAAUUUUACAAUUUUUGGUUCAAAAUUCAAUCUUUUCUUUUUAAAAAAUUUGUGGGUUUUGGUGGGAGGGGGAGUUUUCUCUCUCUUCCGGUGAAAUUGGGUGUUUUCCGAUGACUAACGAGUUUGCUGAUGAUGUUUCAUACUUAACUAUACUACCCAUUUCUUUGAUUUUUGUUGUGAUUUGUUUGGUGUCAUUGUUGAAGAAGAAGAGUAAGGCUAUAAUGGCGGCUAAUGGUGUUUUUUGGAAGGAUGAAAGACUUCAGAGGCUUAAAUGUUCAGUGAAAAACUAUGAUUGGGGUAAAAUUGGGAGUGAUUCUGAGGUUUAUAGAUUGUUUAGUGCCAAUUCUGAGGGUAAUAAAUUGGAUCCAAACAGACCUUAUGCUGAAUUUUGGAUGGGUACCCAUGAAUCUGGCCCAUCUCAUGUGAUUAAGAAAGGGAAAGUUUUGGCAAAUGGAAAUCAUGGGUUUGUUGUUCUUAAUGGGAAAUUUGGGGAUUUGGAAGGUGAUACUUUAAAGUCUUGGAUUGAGAAGAACCCUAAUGUGCUUGGUCAUAAGGUUGUUGAGAAAUGGGGAUAUGAUCUGCCCUUUUUGUUUAAGGCGUUGUCGGUUGCAAAGACACUGUCAAUACAAGCUCACCCAUGUAAGGAGUUAGCAAAGAAAUUGCACAUCAAGGACCCAAGUGCUUACAAGGAUGGGAAUCAUAAGCCGGAAAUGGCUCUUGCUAUAACCAAAUUUGAGAUCCUUUGUGGAUUUGUCGGUAUGAAGGACCUCCAGAAGAUUCUUAAAGGUGUUCCAGAAAUCUCGCAGUUGGUUGGUGCUUCGGUUGUGGAUCAAUUGUUGAACAUCACCGCUGAAGAUGAUGAGAAUGCAGUUAAAGCUGCUCUGAAACAACUGUUUACUCAGAUCAUGUCAGCAAGUGAGCACGUAGUUGCUGAGGUGCUAUCUCAGUUGAUUCCUCGUUUGAGGAAGAAGGAAGUGUUAACAUCAGAGGAGAAGCUGGUCCUACGGCUUGAAGAGCAGUAUCCUGGUGAUGUCGGUGUACUAGCAGCUUUCCUUAUGAACUAUGUAACGCUAAAACCUGGGCAAGCCUUGUGCUUGGGGGCAAACGAACUGCAUGCAUAUGUAUCUGGUGAUUGCAUUGAGUGUAUGGCUACUUCAGAUAACGUUGUUCGGGCUGGUCUAACUCCCAAGAAGAGGGAUGUGAAGACUCUAUGUGAAAUGCUCACAUACAAACUGGGUCGUCCCAAUAUUCUUAGCGGCUUUUACGUAGAGGGUACUAACGAACGAACAAAAAGGUACCGACCUCCAUUCGAAGAGUUCGAGGUUGAUCAUUGUGAUCUCCCUGAAGGAACAUCGACACAUUUCCCUUCAAUUGCUGGUCCGUCCUUAUUUUUGGUCACUGAAGGAACAGGAACAAUAGAAACAAGUUUAUCAACAGAAAAGGUCAGAGUAGGUGAUGUGCUAUUUGCACCAGCAAACACAAAGUUGAAAUUAAAAUCCUCUGGUAGAAGGUUCCAACUCUACAGAGCUGGAGUGAACAGCAAAUUCUUGUGAACCUCACAAAAAAUAGAAGCUACAUAGCAUCUUUUGCAGAUAUUCUUUUGGCAGUCUUCCAUGCAUCUUAAUUUCACUAUUUUGAGAUUAAUGUAUUUAUAUAUAUAUAUAUCUAUAUAUAUUAUUUGUUGAUUUUAGCUUAAGGGCUUCUGUUGUACACAUGUAACCACAAAAAAAAUCAUAGUAAAAAAUAGUAAGAGAAAUUUCUUAUAUCUCCA